AUGCCAGCGCCAGUUCACAAACGAGUCAGGUUUUCAAAGACAAGGACUGAGUACACCAUUCUAGCCAAUGCACCCCCUUCAUACGCUUCAUCUUCCCUUCCUUCUUCCAAUGGCCCGGUAACACCACCCUCUUACCAGGUACCUCUGCCUGGUCAUUCCCACUAUUCCUAUCCCCCCAAAUCCAAGCCUGUUAAACAGCCCCCUCAUGCCCACAGUUUACUUGCACACUGCGGCUCACAUCAACCACAGCUCAACUUCGACGUCACACUGCCCAUCUCAUCUAUGACCGCCCGUUACCGACCGCUACCGACCCCACUCCUCUCCGAACCAGCAAUCACCCCCGUAGUCCCUUCGUUAGUCCUUACCACCCAUCUCCUGCCUUGGUCAAUUACCAUCUAUGCCUCCAACGGAUACUAUGUUACCGUUCGGGACGUACUGGAAGGGAUCUACCGUGCACUCCGGAAGAACGUUACUCAUAAAGAGUACAAUUCCAUCCCUUCUCAUCCGGACCGGGCACGAGUGAACGAAGCGUACGAACGCCGAUAUAGUCGCGUUCGUGAUUACUAUGCCUCUCGGGAGGAGAAACAGGGAGGAGUGAAGAGGGUUGAUUUUCUUCGUGGACGCACACGGUUCAUGGGGAUUAGUCCGUCUGGUAGGGCUAAUAUCUGGGAGUUACGGCUUGAUUACCAUUAA